CCCGCCAGCGGCAGCGCUCGCGAACAGAGCGGCGGGACAUCAAAGACAAAGUGGUUACAAAGUAACGGUCGCGGCGCGUCAUCAAAGUCGCUGCGGGAAGAAUCAGAACGCGGGGCGUGACAGCCGACGGGUUUCCCGCGAGUCCGGACUCUUACUGAACCACAGCAAAGACAAACGCGGGGAAAAGAGGAGCUGACCCGGUCAUCGCGUCCAGUUUCUGCGGCUGCUGCUGAUGCAUUCGCGGGCUGAAUGCACAUAUAUGCCAUGUUCACAGUAUAGAAAGACUCCAGACGCGGAUUACCGAACCCAUAUAUCCUAUAGAUCAUACAGGCUGUAAACCGUUGCUCCAGAACAGGAACAAGAGUUUGACAUCCUGUGUGUUUACACGACAUGGGAAAAAGACCCUCAUCUGUCCAGUAAGAAUGUUUUCGUUGAACAGAGAGAGGGAGCAGCCCUUCUUCAGCACUCGAGCUCAUGUGUUCCAGAUCGAUCCCGCCACCAAACGCAACUGGAUCCCGGCCAGCAAGCACGCGGUCACCGUCUCCUUCUUCUACGACGCUAACAGACACGCCUGCCGCAUCAUCAGUGUGGGCGGGACCAAGGCGAUCAUCAACAGCAUAAUCAGCCACAACAUGACGUUCACGAAGACAUCUCAGAAGUUCGGUCAGUGGGCGGACAGCAGAGCGAACACCGUCUAUGGCCUCGGAUUCGCCACGGAGCAGCAGCUGCACCAGUUUGCGGAGCGUUUUAAAGAGGUGAAGGAAGCUGCGCGUCUGGCCAGAGAGAAAUCACAGGACAAGAUGGAGCUGAGCACCGCGGCUCUCAGCAUCGCAGCACCUCAGGACUUGUGUGACGAGCUGCAGUCUCCUCCAGUGAUGUGUGUGAACGGACCGGAGGACAAGCUCUUCCGGAGCCAGAGCGCUGACAUCACUCUGUCCUCAGAGAAGGAGCGCAUCAAGAAGAUGCUCUCAGAGGGCUCGAUCUGUGAGAUCAAUCUGGAGGCCGAGCUCUUCAGCUUACAGGACAGUAACGCUAAACUGGUGGCGGCGCUACAUGAGGCUAACGCUAACGUGGAGCAGUGGAAGAAACAGCUGGCGGCGUAUCAGGAGGAGACGGACCGGUUACGAGAUCAGGUGACAGAUCUGGAGGCUCAAGGCGCUCAGGGACCCAGCGACAUGAUGAAAGACGAGCUCACUCAGUCCCUGGAGGAGCUGGAGAACCUGCUGAAGGCAAAGGACGAGGAGAUCCGUAUUCUUCAGAGUAAGAAGUCCAACUUCCACGAGCUGAAGCAGGAGAGAGAAGAAGCCAUUCACAGACUGCAGGAGCUGGAGAUGCGUAACGUUGAGUUGGAGCGGCGCGUGCAGAACGCCGAACAGAACCUGACGUCUGCGCUGGAGGAUCGCGAGCGCGCCGAGAACGAGGUGCAGAGGGUCGCUCAGAUCCUCGACGUCAAGAUCUUUGACCUCAACGACCUUCGGCAGAGUCUGGUCCAGCUGAUCAGUAAAUAGUGCCACGUGAGAGACGGAUGCUCCGGGAUUAAAGUGUUCCUCAGCUUAUAAAGACCUGAAUGAAUCAGCCGUUCGAAUGAAUCAAUUGAAAGAAUGAUUCAGUCAGUGACUUAGCGCCACCUGCUGGCGGAUGUAGUUUUAACAUAUGAUUUCAGGUGUUUAAAUCAUUUAAUAUUUCUCUAUUCAAAAUGUUAUAUUUAAAAUAUUAACCUCCACAUGAAUCUAUGAAUUCAAUUGCACACAUGCCAUCUUUGAGCCAUGAAAAUGAUGCCAUUAUAAAGUAUAAAUAAAAUAUUACUGUAUAUCACUUUAAGGAGGAACAUGUUAUCACGUAUUAGGAAGGCUGAUUUUUUUAUCAGAAAUUGUAAUUAUUGGUCAGAAGGUGCUCUUAAAUUUUUACAUUAGGAGGGCAAGCGCUCCUGACUGAAAUUGUAUGCUAAAAAUGAAGCUAAAUCCUCCAGCAGGUGGCAGCAAGUCACUGAAUCGAUCACCGAAUCAUUCAUUCAAGUGAUUCGUUCGAACGACUGAAUCAUUAGCGUGCGAAUCAGUGUUUCUGAACUGAUGGAACACUUUAUUCUCUGUUCACUCUCUCUGCUUUCUCUUUCAUCUUGAAUUUGCACUGAAAAGCUCUUUCUGUUUCAGUUUAGCAAUAACUUUGGUGUUGUUACAGUACGCUUUAUUUUUGAUACAGAAACACUAGUACUGUGGAUCACAAGUAUGUUUUUUUCUUAAUUUUUUCUUUCAGUUCAUGCAUCAUGAAAAAUAGGGCUGAAAAAAAUGUAUUCACAAAUGCAUCAUGAACAAUUCUGGAUUUAUUCACACACACACACACACACACACACACACACACACACACACAAAUUAAUAUAAUGCUUUUUCUUUCCUUUUCUUUUUUUUCAAUAAUUUGAAAUUAUUAUUUUAAUAGUAAAUAUCAUAUAGUUAUAACAAUUUAAUAUUUUAAUAAUUAAAAUAUGCAUAUAAUUUGUAAUCAUUUUAAAAAUUGCUAAUUUCUGAAACAUUAAACUUGAGCAUGAAUGGCUGUUGUGUAAAAAAAAUCAAGUGAAUUUUUACUUGCACUUUAAAAGAUUAGGUUAAAAAAUAAAAUCAAACAAAUUCAUAGCAAAGACUGUAUAGUGGCUCAAACACCUGGAACUAUUCAGAGAUUUAUGAGUGGAAAGUCAGUUUAGACCAUUUUAGAAAGUCACGAAUGAGCUUUUGUGCUGUAGAGUUUGUUCCUGAUUCAGUUUCUCAGCUGGGAGUGAGUGGAAACCAAAGACCAGCUUGAAUGUGGCACUAAACGCCUCUAAAUGUUCAUAAAUGCUUAGUUUAGACGACAGCAUUGAUAUAAAACAUUUAAUAGCUGCAUUGGUGAAAUAUAUGAGUAAGUAGAAUUCAACAGUUCUGUUAUGGUAGAACAUUAAGAUCCCUUAAAAGGGAAUUUCUAUUUAAGAAUAGCUGUAGUUCUUCAUUGAGGAAUGCAGUCAAUGUGCUUGAAUGCAUCUGGUGUAGUUGCUUUGUGCAGCUCUAAAGCUUCAAACUUUCAUUUGAUUAAAGGAGGGAUUCAGGCUAAAAUGAAAAUGUGCUGAAAAUGUCCAUCCAAGAUGUGCAUGAGUUUGUUUCUUCGUCAGGUUUGGAGAAAUGUAGCAUUGCAUCAGUGUCUCAUCAAUGGAUGCUGUGCAGUGAAUGGGUGCCGUCAGAAUGAGAGUCUGAUAAAAACAUCCCAAUAAUCCACAGCACUCCAGUGCAAAACACAGUUGUAUAGACAUUGAUCACUGUAGGUUUUAUUUUUUCUGAAGUUAAUUUAUAUAUUUUUGGCAUUUUUAUCUUUUACCCUGUCUUUAUAUAUAUAUAUAUAUAUAUUCUCUUUUUUUAAUCUAUAUUCAGUUCUAAUUUUAUAUUAUGGUUUUAAUUAAAUACUAUAUAGUUAACCUAUUUAAAACAUUACUAAAUUGUUAGUUAAAAUGUUUAAAUUGUAAUAAUUUAGUUAAAAAAUUACAGUGUAGAAGUGUGUGUGUGUGCAUUAAAAUGCAUUGAAUUGCUAAUGUGAUCCAUUGUAAAAAAAUAAAAAAAAAUGUUUGAUUUAAUUUUUUUUCCCAAUAGAUUUUUAAAAUGUUUUUUUUAUUAUUAUUUUUUAAUGCAAAAAAAAAAAAAAAAACGAGAAAAAAAGCUAUAUUAUGGAUUAUGGAGCCGGUAGCAAUUGUCUAAAAAUUUAAAAUUAUCUUAAUACUGCAUUUGUUUCAGCUUUAGUCUUCUUCAGAUGUUCACUGAUGGACUGGAGUGCUGUGGAUUAUUGUGAUGUUUUUAAUCAGACUCUCAUUCUGACGGCACCCAUUCACUGCAGAGCAUCCA